AUGCCGCACUUGAAGAGCAAUGAAGUUCCAUGUCCACAAAUUGAAUGGCGUGAGCUAAUGAAUUCUUCAAUGAUUGCUGGCGAUGCUAUUUCUUCCCUAACAUCAAUCCAGACAGCAUUGCACAACCGCUUUGGGCAUAACAAUAACAGCAAAUUUUUAGUAAAUUGUGCAAUUUACCAAGAAAAACCAGAACAAAUACAAACUUCCGCUAUAGCAACAUUAAAAGAGGAAAAGACGGAAAAUUCAGAACAAAAUAAUUUUUUGCUUCCACAAAAUAUGUAUUUUAGUUCUAGCGGGGAUGGGUAUUGUAACGUUCGUUUUGGUGGAGUGUGGUGCCAGGCCGUGGCAUUACGUGCCUAA